CAUCUUUCUUUCAAGCAGUCAAUCUCAAGUUUUCCUUGUGCCCUUCUUCUAAAAAAUCUCAUUAUGGAUCCAGCAUGUUGUGCAAUAAUCACGUUCAGUAGAGAAAAUUCUUGAAAAAGUGUUGAAACAUGUUUAAACUAUUCAGAUCGGUGAUAAAAUUGGAUUUGCGGUCGACGACCCUUUAUUCCACCUUCCGACCGGCCGAAUUCCAGUUCGAAACAUCGGAUGGUGAAAGCGGCACGCUCAUUCACCGUUUUUCCCGGCACAUUGCUCUCACCAAGCGUGAUUUCACGGAUCCGACCAGGUUUAACUUUAAAUACUCCUCGUUCUAUCCCGUUUACCGACCGGAUCAGUUCCUCGAACAGCUGGCAGAUAUUUCCAGCCAUGACAUGGGCAAGCUUAUCUGCAUGACGAGCGAUUUCCGCGGGAAGACCGAUGUUCGGAUGUACACCGAUGUGGUCAAUGCUCUGGACGAGGAAUGUGAGUCUCGAGUCGAUAAGGUGGAGCUUCUGGAGCUGGUGGGGAUGAUGCAUGGCUUCAUGUAUCUGCUGCCGAACAAGAUUACGAAGCUGAAAACAUAUCGAAAGGCGAUGCCACGGCUGGUGGAAAUGUUCGGUCGAAAUGUGAACAGGAAAGAUUUUAUGACGAUCGUUUUCUUCCUCGGUCUGUGGAAGAAAAACGCUGCUGGAAGUCGAAUGUUAGAGCAGUUUAUUUCGGACUAUCUUGAUGAGUUUUUGAAUGCGGAAAUGGAGCUGAUGGAUUUCGUUGUGCUGGCCAACGCCAUGUACAAGACAAGUGUGAGAAGUAAGAAUGAACGAUUUCGGAGUCAUCUAGUGGAAGAAAUAUCGCAUCUCAAUGAUGAGGAUAUGGCCUUGUUUGUAACGCUGGUCAAAAGUGCUCGCAUGAAUCGAAUACAAUCGGAACGUAUAGUAAUCAAGUUGAAGAGUGUGCUGCAGAAUCGAAACGAGUUGUUGGAUUUCAGAGGUCUGUCACACUUGUUUGCUUAUGUUGCGGAUAAUUUGAUUAUGGACGAUCCUUUGAAGGAUCUUUUUUUGGCCGAAUUUAACAAGCACAUUGAAAGUGAAAUACGAAAUCAUCCGACAGAACGAAACGGCUCCCUUCGGCAAAACUUCCGUGCAAAAGAUUUGUCAACCUUUUUAUGGAGUUGCUCGACCUUAUCCAUCUCGGCUGAAGAUCUUAAUUUUGAAGUAAAGGAUUUGUUGGACGUGGUGUUUCAGAAAAUUGAAAACGAUGAGUACCGGUUCAUUCCAGAUACGUUGGUAGACACAUGUCUUUGUCUGUGGAUGAUGGGUCACCCUUCGGUUGAUUUGAUGUCCAGUAUAUUCAGUAACAAACAGAUGACGCAGAACUUCAUGCAGGAUCGCCCUAAAAUUGAAUCCAGGCGUGAUUUGCUCCUGGCGUGCGCCGAAAUAGAACGACCGGAAGCGUUCAAAAUUAUUUCGAAGCUGCAGCGCGUCCGGGCGUAUCAGCUGGAUCGACCAACACCGGAAUAUCUGGUACGGAAUCGUGUUGAGCUGCAACGUGUUCACCGAUGUCUGAAGGAUCUGACAGACAAAUUACAAAUCAGUGAAAUAAAAUUCAAUCUGCCCAUUAGGGCCCUGAACAUUGCUGGUUUGCUCGUGAAGAUGGAUAAUAAUGAAAUUAUCAAUUUAGAUGUGUUUGACCGAGCGUAUUGUUUAUCGGAUGAUCAGACUCCUUCGGGAUUGAUGCUACUCAAACAACGGUUGUUGAAAAAAAUGGGUGUCGAAACGCAUCUGAUUAAUAGUAUUCAGACAGAAUCCGACGAAAUGCUGACUCAAAUUUUGGAGAACACCAUCCAGAGACUCGUGAAAUCCGACAAAACCAGAGAAUCUAGGAAAGCUGGUUAAAACAUAUAUUAUUAUUAUUCCAUCAAACACUAAAAUUAAGAUCAGUUAAAACUUGGGUAA